GAGGAGCCGCCGCCGCCGCAUCAAAGAGACCGAAUUCCCGCGGCCUGGGGGGGAGUCAUGCUUUGCGGUCUGUAAUGUCAGCGGAACAGGAGAAGGAUCCCAUUUCGCUGAAGAGAGUUCGAGGUGGUGAUAGUGGACUGGAUGGGUUAGGAGGACCAGGUGUACAGCUGGGAAGCCCAGAUAAAAAAAAAAGAAAGACAAAUACACAGGGGCCUUCUUUUCCUCCAUUGUCUGAGUAUGCUCCACCACCGAAUCCAAACUCUGACCAUCUAGUGGCUGCUAAUCCAUUUGAUGACAACUAUAAUACUAUCUCCUAUAAACCACUACCUUCAUCAAAUCCAUAUCUUGGCCCUGGUUAUCCUGGUUUCGGAGGCUAUAGCACAUUCAGAAUGCCACCUCAUGUUCCUCCGAGAAUGUCUUCCCCAUACUGUGGUCCUUACUCACUCAGGAAUCAACCACACCCAUUUCCUCAGAAUCCUCUGGGCAUGGGUUUUAAUCGACCUCAUGCUUUUAACUUUGGGCCACAUGAUAAUUCAAGUUUUGGAAAUCCAUCUUAUAAUAAUGCACUAGGUCAGAAUGUUAAUAUGCCUAAUCAACAUUUUAGACAAAAUCCUGCUGAAAACUUCAAUCAGAUUCCUCCACAGAAUGCUGGCCAGGUAUCUAAUCCUGACUUGGCAUCUAACUUUGUCCCUGGAAAUAAUUCAAAUUUUACUUCUCCAUUAGAGUCUAAUCAUUCUUUUAUUCCUCCCCCAAACACUUUUGGUCAAGCAAAAGCACCACCCCCAAAACCAGACUUUAAUCAAGGAGCAACCAAAAGCACUAAUCAAAAUUCCUCUGCUCAUCCACCUCACUUAAAUAUGGAUGACACAGUGAAUCAGAGUAAUAUUGAGUUAAAAAAUGUUAAUCGAAACAAUGCAGUAAAUCAAGAGAAUAGCCGUUCGAGUAGCACUGAAACUACAAACAACAGCCAUGCGAAUGGGACACAGAGUAAGCCACGACAACCUAGAGGUGCAGCAGACACGUGCACCACUGAGAAAAGCAAUAAAUCCUCUCUCCACCCAAGCCGUCAUGGCCAUUCUUCUUCCGACCCAGUGUAUCCUUGUGGAAUUUGUACAAACGAAGUAAAUGAUGAUCAGGAUGCCAUUUUAUGUGAAGCCUCUUGUCAAAAAUGGUUUCAUCGGAUCUGCACUGGAAUGACUGAAACAGCUUAUGGCCUGCUAACAGCAGAAGCGUCAGCAGUAUGGGGCUGUGAUACUUGUAUGGCUGAGAAAGAUGUCCAGUUAAUGCGCACUAGAGAAACUUUUGGUCCACCUGCAGUGGGCAGUGAUGCUUAAUCACAGGCAUUAACUGAAGUGGACGUUUUCCCCCUGUGUAUGACAAAGGUUCAGUGACACAGGAUUUUAAAUGUUUUACAAUAUUUUUUUAAAUGCACAUGAAAAAAGAUUAUUUACCUUUUAGUUUUUAUUACUAUUCACUUCAUUACUAGUGCAAAUUUUGUGUUGUCUUCGUUUGCGAUCUUAAAUGAGAGUAAUGUAUAGGAGGGUGCUUUAGAAACUACUAUACAUGUAAACACUAGUUGUUCUUAAUCGUAAACAUAAAAGCCUCUUGAAGUUUCAAAAUAAUAUAUAGCAAAUGUAGGCAAGUGUUGACUUUUAGAAGUUAGGACCAUUGAAAAGUAUAUUUCAGUUCUGAACUUUGGUGAUACCACACUGAACAUUUAUUUCAAAAACUUUUUCAAGGAUUCAUUUAACAUGUUUUCAGAAAAAAAAAGUGUAGCUAUCACAUGGAAGAAAGUGUACAUUUUAAUGGCUGUUUUAAAAAAUUAUAAUAAAGUAUGACACCAGAUUGCCCCCUAACUAGGGUCCUUGAAAUUAGUGACUUUUGUAUUUCGAGUCAGUCUCUUCAGAGUAUCUGUACAGAUAAUGAGACAAGUGUUAGCAUAUAGUCGAUGCUCAGUAAGUAUUUGUUGAUUAACUUGUGGAUUGUAUCACAUGAAAUUGCUAAUAUUAGAUCAGUUCAAAAUUGACUUCAGUUAGUAGAGUUGACAUAAAGUAUGUUUUUAGUUGUGUAGAAUUGUAACAGUGUUAGGCUUUUCUCCAUUUUCUUUGAUUAUUGGUCAUUUUGUUACUUUUUUCCAGAGAAAUAAAUAAUAUAGUAUCCUCAGGAGAAUUGCAAAUACUUUUAAAACAUGAUUCCAACCUGGAACAUAUUGCAAAUGAGAUAGGUAGAUAAAUUUGGCUUUAGAGCACUCUGCUGGUGAAAGAACAACUCGUUGACAGUUUGAAAAAUCUUGUUCUAGGGAGCUGAAUUCAAAAAUGAGCCUUAAGGGAGAUCAAAAUCCAUUUUAAGCAAAGAUCAACUAAGAGCUAAGGUGAAAGCUAACUUACAAACAACAAUUUAAGGCCUUGCAGCAGACAGUUUUUGCUUGACUGCAGAAAGUAUAAAAAUUGACCUGAAAGUAUCUUCUUGAGAGAUGAUAAAAGAAUGAAAACAGCUGGAGGUGAACUCAUUCAAAUUCAAAACAGCAGAAAUCCAGUUGUGGAGUGGAUCAUAACCCAUGAUCAAAAAAGCCCCAGGAUACUAUAUGACAACUGAUAGCAAUCUGUACAAUGGUUGGAUGUUGGUGAGGCUCCCAAACUUGUGCCAUCGUCAUUCUGACCCAAAAAGUUGUGAAGACCAUACGGUAAUUUAUGAAAGGGAUAAUUAAUCACUACUAUUUAAACCCUCAUGGAACAAGAAAUUAAAAUUAGACCACAAAAAUCUGAUUUAAAAAACAUCCUUUGGUUAAUAAAAAUGAACCCACACUUUUACAUGACAGUACUUGAGCUCAUGUGUCACAGGCCACUAAAGUGAAAUUGAUUGAAUUGGGCUAUCUUGUCACAUCCAUGUUGGUCACCAGGCCUUUAUCCAAUGAACUACCAUCUUUUUCAUCAUUGCAAGCUUUUUCUAAGAAAUAACAUAUUCUCCAAUGAAGAAGAAGUAAUUGGAGGAUUUCAACAAUUUAAAGUCUAACAAAUUAUGAAUUUUUAUAAAAAUGAAAUAUUUAAUAUCCUAAUAGAAGAAAUUAUUACUGCUCAUGGUACAUAUUUUAAUUGAAUAAAACUUUUAUAUAUAGUGUUUUAAUUUUGACCUACAAACACAGCAAUUUCAUAUGGUACAAGGUAAUAUAAGUUUUUUUCCAUUUUCCUGUGACUAGUUAGAGGUGAGUACAAAAUAUUUUCAAUGGUUGUAAAAUAAUAUAUCUUUAUAGUUUUAGAAAAUGAAAUGAUAUAAAUUCUAACAAUAGGUACUCCUUUGUGUAAAAAUUUUUCCCAGUUGAAACAGGUUGAAAUGCAGUAUUUUUGACUGACUCUUGACAUUUGAUGUGUUCAGUAGCAUACCUGAAGAUCCCACUGUGCUUACACUGUAGAUUUGUUAGAGACACAAAAUUUUCUAAAUAUUUAAAGACCUAGUUAUGUUGUUCCUGAAAUCCUAGAGAGUGCCGAUUAUUACGACAUGAUGCACUGCAUGCUAUUUGCCCAGUCCUAGCAUCAGAUCAUGAUUUAUUUUUUUUAUGACUGAAUGCAGUUAGAUAGAUAUUAAGUGGAACCUUUCAACAUCUGCAAGCAUUAACACUUUACAUGGCAGUUCUCGAGUUGUGCUCAUUGUUAAUUGAUUAUGUGGUCUUAAGACCUCUGUUGCUUAGUUUCAAUAGUUGUUUUGUGAAAAUGAAAUUAUCCCAAGCUAGUCAAAAGAUGCUUGAUUUGUAAUGCAGUUCUUUCAUUUUCUAUUUCCAAGUAAUUUGUUUUAACUUAAAAACAAGUGAAUUUUUCUUCAGGUAUUUAGGUCUUCAAAGUACCUUAUUUAAAUAAAAAUAUUUAAGUAUUCAAAGAAAAACCUGUGGUUGAUUUUGACAGUGAAUAAUAGGCAAACUAUAAUCAUAGCUGAUGAAUGUUUUCAUGUAUUUGAAUUAAUUUUCUUACGAGUUCUACCUUUGUCUCUAUAUAACACUGAGUCAAAAAUUAUCUAAGUCCUUUUUGGUAGGGAAAGUAAUGAACUAUAAGAAUGACCAGAUACAAUUUGCCCUAUUUGACCCAAAGAAGGCUGUUAUACAAAUUAGUGUGGCAUUCUUAAUAUACAUGAUGAGCUGCCCUAAACAUUUAAAAAUACUCAGUGAUGAAAGGAAGUGCACACAGUUGGAAUAAUCUUCCACUAGCAUUACACCUUUUUGGUGUAACUAUUUUCCUUCACUGAAAGGCCGCAUCUCUCUCUCUCUCUCUCUCUCUCUCUCUCUCUCUCUCACACACACACACACACACACAC